AUGACAAAGAUUCCCCGCUCCACGCCCGAUCGCCUUUGUCUCCCCAGUGCUGACAUUUACACAUUGCACUAGGUACUCAUAUCAAGGCUGUGAGUGUGUGGAAUAAUCAUUCGUUAUUAAUCACACACACACACCCAGAAAGCAAUCGUCUGCGUCUUUAGCAACGUCCGCCGCUGGCACCACGAGGUCGCUCACGCCUGGAGACGCAGCAAUAGCAGCAACAAUCACGGCGUGAAUGCGGCUGGAGGGAGAGAUGGAGCGACCGGCUUUCGUGAGCUCUCCCUCUUUCUUUUGCUCUCUCUCUCUCCCCCGCUUCUCUCCCUCCCUCCCUCCUCCUCUCUCUCGCUCGCUGACCAAUAGCGGCUUGUAGCUGCACAUCAGCCAAUUGAGUCUCUGCCCACCCCCACCCGCCACUCGUGUAGCGAGAGAGAGAGAGAAAGAGAGCGAGUUGCGUUAAACGGCUGCCGAUCUCAAUCGCGUUCACAUCAAGCCGGAGCUCGCAUUCCGCACCAGCCCUGCAGCCUUAACAUCCACCGCGCCUCCGGCCCGCGCGAAGCGGCGGUCUCUCUGCGACCCCGACACACACAUCCACCCACACACACAUCCACCCACACACAUCCACCCACACACACACACACAUCCAUCCACCCACACACAUCGACUCUCUCGCACACACGGACACACGUACGUAGCCCUCCCACAAGUCAAAAACUACGCCUGCACCAACACCACCAGCACAGCCGACGCUGCGACCGAGCACACAAGUUGCUUGACGCCGCGCGAGCAGCAAUGGCCCUACCCGACAAUGCCAACAAGCUGACCAACGGGGAGGCGACCUCAUUCGCCGAGGUCAUCGAGCUGAACGUGGGCGGCCAGGUGUACCUGACCCGCUGCGCUACGCUGGUCAGCGCCCCCGACUCGCUGCUCGGUCGCAUCUUCUGCGGCAAGCCGGGCGGCGGCGGCGGCGGCUCUCUGGGCGAGAGUCUCUCGCGGGACGGCAAGGGCCGCUACUUCAUCGACCGCGACGGCUUCCUCUUUCGCUACAUCCUCGAUUACUUGCGCGACAAUCGGCUCGUCCUACCCGAGCACUUCCCCGAGCGGAGCCGCCUCCAGCGCGAGGCGGAAUUCUUCGGUCUCCCCGAGCUGGCCCGCUCGCUGGCCCCGCGUCGCAUCAGCACGCAGAACUCCAUCACGGACGACGCGUGCGUCAGCGACUGCGACGAGAGUUCGCCGUCCAGCGAGACGACGAUCCGCGGAGGAGGCAGCAGCGGCGGCGGCGGCGGUGUCAUUGGGACGACCACGUCCCAAAGCUCCGGGCUGCAGUGUGGAGUCGCUGUCGGCAGUGGCGUUGGUGGCAUCAGCUACGAGCGUCGGCCCGGCUUCAUCACGGUGGGGUACCGCGGCUCCUACACGGUGGCGCGAGACAGCCAGGCGGCGGACGCCAAGUUUCGACGCGUGGCGCGCAUCAUGGUGUGCGGGAAGACGGCGCUGGCCAAAGAAGUGUUCGGCGAGACGCUGAACGAGAGCAGAGACCCCGACCGCCCGCCCGAGCGCUACACGUCGCGCUACUACCUGAAGUUCACCUUCCUGGAGCAGGCCUUCGAUCGCCUGGCAGAGGCCGGGUUCCACAUGGUCGCGUGCAACUCUAACGGGUCCGCGGCCUACGCCGGCGACCUGAGCGAAGACAGAAUUUGGACCAACUACACCGAAUAUGUCUUCUUCCGUGAGUGAUGAUGAUGAUCCUGAUGAUGAUGCUGCGUUGGCACGUGGACUCUGCUUACUAAACUAUCGACUCUCCCCACCCCCCUCCACAACCCACAAUCCCUUCCCACUCCAACCGCCGCCAAUCCUCACUUCUCCUCCUCCUCCUGUAAAAUGACCCACGACCGCGCACCGCUAAUGACCCGAGUUGAACUCCGAGCGCGGAUGCGUGGAACCCCGAGACUUUGUUGUGUGUCCGGCCGGCCGCGCCGACGUCUCUUCCCUCGUCUUGUGAAGACCUUUUAUUGUGUGGACUCGAACUGAUUCCCUUUUGCCCGAUCCAACCAGAUCCGAUCCGAUCCUCAUUUGUACCGCCUCGGUUCCUUGACUGCUGCUGGUGCUCCUGCCGAUGAUCGUGCUGCUGACGCUGCCUAGAUGCUUCUGACCACGUGCGUUCACGCGCCACCGCUCGCAUUUAUUAUUGACCCCUGUGCAAGUAUCUCAUCCUCCCUGUUUCACACCCCCCCCCCCCUCUUGCAUCCCCCUCCCCCCCCCCACACGUCUUGAACUUAUGUUGUCUUCUUAUCGGCUGCGGCAGCAGAGGCGUCAGGCGACAUUCAUUACGGCAUAUGCGAGCACUCCGAUUACAACUAAACAUAGUGCUGUUUGUUGCUGGUCGCUUUUGGGGCGUGUGCUCAGCAGCCGUGUGAAAUUGAAAGUCAGCCCUGUGGCAUGGCCCUGUUUUAAAAAGUGGUGCGGGGGGGGGGCGUACAACUCACGGGUAAUUCGGGGGGGGGGGGUGGAGGAGGCGACGGUCAAUGUUAGACAAGCUUUAAAACAAAUUCUCAAACGCCAAACACAAUUGGCCACGACGCGAUCCCCCAGUAAACAUUCCAACGUUGGGCCAACGUUGGGCCAACGUUGGCACGCGGUGGCUAUGCGCGCGCCCCUUCAAUCCAGCGCUGUGGAGGCAGCAGCGAGGGUAGGUGGAUCACACGCGGAUGUUGUGAAAACUCCCUUCCCCGUGGCCGUCGAGGAGUAGGAGGGAUGGAGGUGCCUCUAGCCCCCCAUGCUGGCUCGCCCAGGAGAGGGCCGUGCAGCCAGUGGAGUCUUCGCCGUCCGCUGUGCGUCUGCUCCGGGGAAGGUGAAGGCUGUUGCUGACUCCUCGCGCGCGUGGGGAGUUCUGCUCACUCCCACGAAUCUAAAGACUCGUCGAUUCAUUGGCUGAAAAGAUCUUAACAUUUAACAACAACAAAACCUUCAACAUAGCGACAGGACCCUCAUGAAAAGCAGCCUUGCGACUCAGUGUGGAUGUUAUGGAUAAAUAAGUAAACUCGAGUACUGUUAUCACGUGGUUGGGAAGCUGUGGCCCAACGUCGGCUCAACGUUGGGCUAACGUCUGAUAUUAACCAAGCUCAUUCCGCUCGUCACGCAUUCCGCUCGUGCUCUCACCUCCCCGUGCACGCGACGGGAAUGGCGACGUCUUCGGGAGGCCUCGGUGCAGCAGUGGAUUGAUCAUAGCUGCUGGCGCUGAUGGCGAUGUGACGCCAAACGGAACGAACACGAAGGGAAGACAAUGGGACCAUGCCAUGCCCUGUCGCGCAUUCUGCCCUCGCUCUCACCUGCCGCCGCCGGCGCCGUGUGUGUGUCGCGCGUAUGUGUCGCGCGUGUGUGUGUGUCGCGUGUGUGUGUGUCGCGUGUGUGUGUGUGUCGCGUGUGUGUGUGUCGCGUGUGUGUGUGUCGCGUGUGUGUGUGUGUUCCGUGUGUGUGUGCCGCGAAGGCUGUGACGGCCAGCCGCUUGUUGCCAUCAUCACUCGCGUUCACUAGCGGACCAAUGUUUUGAAUAGAAAUGGUUAGA